AUGACAGUUCUCUUUUUCUUUCCGGAGCCAAACACUUUCUACGAUUGCGUUAGAUUCAUUUGUGACAUUCAGUUCUUUAUGUGCUGCAAUGGGUUCUUCCACUUGGAGAUCAGCUUAUGGUCACGCAUCUAUUCCAUAGUCUUUGCAUUUCUGAUCAUAUUUGGGCUCUUCGGUUCUCUCGUCUUCAUAAUGUUGGACGGUGAUCUCCGCUCUCGGGUCCUGGAAAUGGACAACUUGGUGUUGAGUAUUGUCGGCCUCGAACUGGUCAUGUCCACCAUGGUCUUUGUGGUCACCAUGAUGACACUGCAGUUAUCAGCUUGGCGACAUUUGUCUAUCUAUACACGGAUGGCCAAAGUGGACAAAAGACUGAUAAGGGAUUUCGGAGCAAAUCUCAAUUACCGCAAAUUGUUGAGAAAAAAUGUUGUUCUAUUAACAAUAAUAAGCCUCCUCUAUGUGGGGGCUAUAACCAGAGGACUAGCCCUCAUCUCUGGUGGACAACAAAUACUACUGAUUCUGGUAGCAGCUCUUUGUUACAUUGUGGUAACCGGAGGACCACAUUUCACGGGCUAUAUUCACAUGCGUCUGGCCGAACUAUUGACCAUACGGUUCCGACUUUUGCAGCAGAUCCUGAAUAGAAAUUUUCUUAACUGGAAGUUCCCCAAGCCACAGAUCCGAGAUCAACGUCUACGUGAGGCAGUGGAAAUGGUGCAAGAAUUGCACUAUCUGAUAGUUGAAAUCAAUGAGGUUUAUAGCCUCAGUUUGUGGUCGGCCAUGGGUCAUGAUUUCACACUGAGUACCAGUGAGCUUUACAUUAUAUUUGGCCGAUCUGUGGGCAUUGAUCCCACCGAGGGCGCUGAUCCCGAUGACUUGAGCAAUGGCACUCGAAUUGUGCUGGCCUAUGUUGCGUUGUGUAUGCUGCCUCCGUUCUACAAAAUGCUCAUUGCACCAUUCUAUUGUGAUCGCACGGUUCAGGAGGCUCGACAGUGCCUUCAUCUGAUCGAACAACUGGAUAAUUGGUAUCCGGCCAACAGAGAGAUACACAAUCUCGUUGAAGCGUUGAUGAAAUGGCGACGGGAAUCUCAAAUAAAAUUUAAAAGUGGAUUGGAUGUGGUGCUCGAUAAGACAGUAAUUAGUUUGUUCACAUCAACUGUCUUUAACUAUUUGCUAAUACUUAUACAAUUUAGCAUGACCCAGAAGAUGGGUGAACAAAUUGAACAACAAAAAAUUGCUCUACAAGAUUGGAUAGGCUCGUGAUAGAAAUGCAGAGAUCGACUUGCCAUACAAACAUCAUCAAGUUAAUUAAUUUACUUAUACGUACUUCUAUGCCUCGUUAACAUAGAAACUCCAUAAAUAAGUCAGCGGAAGAGACAAAGACCACUUGGAGAUACCAACCUACUCUCCAAUGCAAUCAGGCUCGUGUCCUGUGUCCCGUGUCCCGUGUCACUGCACCCA